AUGACAACCCAAACCGAACCAAAGAAGAUCAUAAUUGAUACCGACCCUGGAAUCGAUGAUGCUAUGGCGAUAUUCCUUGCUCUGCGAUCACCAGAAGUACAAGUUAUUGGACUUACAACUAUCUAUGGAAACGUUUACACUACUCUUGCUACCAGAAAUGCCUUGCAUCUGUUGGAAAUUGCAGGAAGAACUGAUAUACCAGUUGCUGAAGGAUCUCAUGUCACAUUAACCAAAGGGACGAAACUUCGCAUUGCAGAUUUUGUUCAUGGUGCAGAUGGACUUGGCAACCAAAACUUUCCUCCACCAAAUGGGAAACCCAUUGAAGAAUCAGCUGCUGAAUUUUUGGUUAACCAAGCGAAAGCUAACCCUGGAAAAGUCACCGUGGUGGCGUUAGGACCUCUUACAAAUAUUGCUUUGGCUAUACAGAUGGACCCGGAAUUUGCUAAGAACAUCGGGCAGAUUGUUCUGCUUGGUGGAGCUUUUGCAGUAAACGGCAAUGUAAAUCCAGCUGCCGAAGCAAAUAUAUUUGGUGAUCCAGAUGCUGCUGAUGUUGUAUUCACAAGUGGUGCAGAUGUAUUGGCAGUUGGAAUAAAUGUUACUCACCAAGUCGUAUUGUCAGGUUCUGAUCGAGAAAAGUUAGCAAGUUCAAAAGGAAUAUUUGCUCAAUACCUGACCGGAAUCUUAGAGGUCUAUUUCGUUUACCAUUGUGACGCAUACAACACCAAUGGAGUUUACCUUCAUGACCCAACAGCAUUGCUUGCAGCCGUUGAUCCUUCACUUGUAACGUGCACAGAGGGUGCUGUUAGAGUCCAAACCAGUGGCAUAACAAGGGGACUUACAAUACUCUACAAUAAACAGAAAAGGUUUGAAGAAGUCACUGAAUGGUCCAAUAUGCCUACAGUAAAAGUAGCUGUGACCGUUGAUGCUCCUAGAAUUGUGAAAUUGGUCAUGGAUCGUCUUGUGGCUUGA